UUAAAAUCAUUUAGUUCAGGUUGAGAAUUCAAAUAAAAUGUGUGACCUAUAGUAUAUUUGCUACACAUAUGAUUUAUAUUGUUGAAAAUUUAUGAUAAAUGAUGGGUAAUAUGCCAUGAAAGAGUAAUUCUAUUUUGGAUAAUUCAAAAAUUCAAUUUCAUAUGUAUUGUUAUAUAUAUGUGCAUAUUUAAAGAAAGUUUUAAGAUAUUUGAAUCAAAAGCUGAUUUCAGUAAUUUCAUUGGAUUGUGGUAUGUAAUGAUAAAAUAAUGUUCAGCAGUAUUAGAAUCCAGAAGUGUUAAUGAUCAAUGUACUUAUAUUGCAUCACUAAUUUGAUAUAUGCAUGGUUAAAGUUACAGGAGAUCCUAAUUAAUUACUAAAAAAAAAAAAUUACCUUAACUUUGCUAUCUACUCUUAUAUGCAUGUUUGGUAAAUGUAUAUGUAAAUUAUCAGAGAGAGUGCUAAGUGUUUGUGUAAAAUAAUGUAGAUCUCAAUAACAUUAAAAUAGAAAUAGCAGAUUGUAAGGUAAUGCAACAUAAGUAACUAUAUUUCUUCAUCCAUGUCAAAGCUUAAAGGUAGAUCUAACACUGGUAUGGCAACUUCCCUAGCUUCUGCUCUGCCCACAUUUAGUGGCAACUUAUCUGAAAAUGUAAAUUUCUUUCUUGAUCAAAUAAAUAGUGUUGCUAAAUUAGAAAAAUGGUCAGAUGAAAAGAAAAUAAUCAUUCUGAAAAUAAACUGUAGGGAUAAAGCUCUAGAUUUCCUAAUUAAUGAUCCAAGAGUGGCUAAGGAAAAUAAAUUUGAAAAUUUAGAAAAAUUAUUAAAGAAUAAAUUUGCACGAGUUGAAUCCUUUCAGGACAUUCUACAGCAAUUCUCAAACAUUUCUCAAAAGUGUAACCAAUCUGUUAGGGAAUUAGCUGACGAGAUUACUACAACAGCGACAAAAUACAUAAAUGAAGAUUCGGUUGAGGAUUCUAGUUUACAUAAAUUAAAAGAGAAAAUGAAGCUCACUAAAUUUCUUGAGGCCCUCAGAACAGACAUUAGGAUUGAAGUUAAGAAAUUAGGUCCAUCUUCCUUUGAUAAGGCUGUAGAAUUGGCAAGUAAUAUAGAAAAUGCAUUGAAUGAUGAGAAAACAUAUUUGAACAGUAUAAAUGUUGAGCAAAAUUUAGAGAUUAAUAAUCUUCUCAAAGAAAGACUUGAACAGAAUACAAAAUAAGCCUAUAAACACAUCUUAUACAAGAAUAAAUCACAAUGCUUCUACAUCUCAAAAUUCUAGCAACUUUAAUAGUGUAUCUUGUCAUAUAUGUAGCAAAAGACACUUAACAACAGAUUGUUGGUAUUUUCCUAGGCAAGACCAGCAUAAUUUUAGAAACAACACAUUCAGGGGACACAGACAAUUUCGAAACACUUGGCGGAGGAACUAUCAUCCUUACAGAAAUAAUAGUCAAUACAAAAAAGGUCAGAAUAAGCAUUUAAACUAGCUAAGGAUUCUUGCCAGAUAUAUUACAACAAAAAUUUUAGACCCCUUGCAGGAAUCCGCAGAGACUGGGGUUAUAAAGAACACCUGUAUAGACAUCAUAAUCCAAAAAAGAUCCAAAGUAACAGCAAUAAUGUCCAACACAAGUUUGCAAAAAAUAAAAGAUGUAAUAAUAGAAACUCAACCAAAUUGUUGAUGUCUUGUAACUCAGAAAAUUCUAAUUAUCUGCCAAUAAUCAAACUUAAAAUUGGUUCUCAGACUUAUGAAGCUCUUCUUGAUACUGGUGCAAAUUUAUCUUUAGUCCAACCAGAUGUUAUUGAGGAAAUUAAACAAUUCACUAAAGUUGAAUUUGUUUCUCGGAUGGUAAGAAUAAAAACUAUUGAAGAUUCAUGCAUCCCUUACAUGUCUGCAGUUAAUUUAAAAUUCAAAAUUCAAAGUAAAUGGUUCACUAAUUUAUUUUAUGUCACCCAAAACAAUUGGAAUUCUACUUAUCAGAUAAUCCUAGGUUAUGACUUCAUUCAAAGUAACAAAAUUUUGUUAGAUUCCAUAAAUAAGAAACUCAUAGUAGAUAAUACUCAUUUGGACUUUGAAGAAAAUUAUCCCAAUAAAAAAUUAAGCAACUCAGUUAAUGUAAGAAGAAAAAAUUGUAAUUUAAACUCAUUAAGAAUGGUUUCUAAUAUAACUGUCCAGCCAGGUCAAUCUCAAAUCAUUUCUUUAGCUGUUCCUGAAGCUUUAAAACAAUUUAAAGAAAUUUUGCUUUCUCCAAAGCCAUCACAAAAUAAGUUCCAUAUCAAUGAAUCUUUACAUAUAGUUGAUUGUCACAACCACAUUCAAACUAUUGUUGAAAACAAC